ACAGACUCUGCAGGAGACGAGUACACCACCACAUCUGUUAUUACUGAUAGUUCUGCUUAUUCGUCUGAUAUGUUUACUGAGUACACUACUGUUUUCACCACCACCUACUCAGAUGGUUCUGUUUCCUCUGGUUCGGGAGUAGUGGUUGUCUCUACAGACUCUGUUGGAGAUGAAUAUUCUAAAGCGUCUACCUAUUCUCAUAACACAAGUGGUGGUUAUUCAUCAGACUAUUUACCCGAAUAUACGGACCAGUUGUCUUCAUCAUUCCAGUACACAUAUUCAUACUCAGAAUUAUACAGUUCUCUUGGUCUGGAGAGGACCGAAACAACAUUGAUUGAGUCGCCACUGCUGUUUAAAUCCAGUAUGUCGGAAGUUUCAACAUUUAUCACUUCAAGUUCUUCCUUCAGAAUAACGCAGUCAUCAUCUGGCACCACUACGUCAUUAUACCCCACUGACAGUACAUAUAUUCCUUCUUUCAGUACGACGAACUCAAGUGUGUCUGAAUCAUUAGAUUCAGACAGCAAUGUGACCACUAGAUCCUCUGACAGUGAGUUUCCUUCUAUUUCAUUAAUUAGUUCAGCAGCAGUCUCCGAUUCGUUUAGCUUGCAUUCCACCACAUCGACGAUGACAAGUUCGUUAAUCUAUUCGUCCAAUAGUGUCGAAGCCUCCUCUGCUUAUCUGACUACUGCUUUAUUAUCUAGUUCAAGUGAUGAUUCUAUACCAAGUACCAGUAUCUUGACAUUCCAAAUUACUGCUGUUGCUGAUUCCCCUAAUAAUUUCAGAGAAUAUAUUUCUUUACAAGAUGAUAAAGUUAUAUCAAAUCCUAACAAUGGUGCAUUCUUUGAAUUGGUAGUACCAAGUGGUGAAAUAUUGGUUAAUGGUAAAUAUUUGCAUGCUGAUCCAGCCAAUGGAUUCACCCUUCUUGAAGAACCUUUUGGAGGUUGGCUGAUUGUUGGUGAUAACUAUUCAAAUACAGAUGUAAUUAAAAGGGCUGUUCUUGAUGAGACUCCUAUUGGAAGCUCGAAUGUUGGAGUUCAACGCUUAGCAUUAGACGGUGUCGGUACUAAAUUCUAUUUCUGUUCUAAUGAAUCUGCUCCUUUACAAGUUGAUCAAAUAGCUGAUGAUUGUAUGCGUGGUGAAUUACAUAUUUGGGAAACAACACCGACCCUUUCGAGCAGCACAGUUACAGGUACUAGUUCAUUAGGAACUACAAAAGUAACUUCAGCUACGGCUUUUGCUACUACUAAUAGUAGUGCAAGUGGAACUGAAAUAGCUACAGUUACAAGAAGUUCGACUAAUAGUGGUAAUUUUAUUAUAUCAGACACUUUAACUAAUACUGGUAGUUAUACAAAUACUGGCAGUUAUACUAAUACUGAUUCUUUAACAGGAACUAUAACAGCUGUAGGACCUAAAACCACAUUCACCAGUGGAACAAGAACAGGGGCUUUAACUGCUGUGGAGGGAUCUACAAUAACCACGGUUGCUACUUCCAAAGAGAUUGUUACUAUCACAGAAUGUCCUGCUACAGUUACUAAUUGUCCGCUGAAUUCGAUAAAGACCAUUACUAUUCCACAUAUUUUCACUAUUACAUACUGUCCUGAAUCAGAAGGUACUUCUGGCACCGAAGCUACUAAUAAUGUUGCUCUACCUUUAAUAACUGCUACUUAUAAUUCACUUGAAACUCAAACGUCUGGAGGUGUUAGAAAAGUUAUUACUCAUCAACUUACCACCACUAGUCCAGCGCCAUUAGGAGGUUCGUAUGUUCCAAAUACUUAUACAUCACAUGAAACCGUGCAAUAUACUAAUGGGUAUGGGUCUGUUAUGUUUACAACUAUUCCUCGAGUUAUUACUACUUCUACAUAUCAAUAUACUGCUACUGAAUCUUUUACCCUAGAAAGUCAAACUCCUGAAGGCCAGGGUGCUGGAAGUUUGGACAUCACAAUAGAUUCUACUCUUCUAGGAAUCCAACCCACAAUAACAAUUGUUGAUGUUACAGCUGUUCGACCAUCAAUUGCUCCUUCAGAUACCCCUUCAGUGUCAAUUGCAUCAAGUAGCGGUAACAGAUGUCUGGUUGCUUUUAUUCCCCUAAUUAUUCCUAUUGUUGCCAUUUUUGCUUAAUAUUUUUAAUAAUUCUACCAUAAUUCCGUUAAACGACUUGUUCGGAGGGGUUCUAAUUACUUGUUCAACAGUUAAUAUUUGCAAUAAUUAUACGUCUAUUAUUCUACUAAUUUCCUUUUUCUGUUUAUAUUUUUUAAUACGUUUCUAAUAAAAGUUCUAGUUUGCUGCAUAUG